UCAUCUUGAUUCCAAACGCUUUUGUGAGAGGGAAAGCACGGAGGCGACCAUGUUGGCUUUAAACAGGAUUCUGUGCACACGCGCAGCCCGGAUUCAGAGUUGUGGUUCCCGGGGAGUCUCAUCCAAGUCACGACAAAACCCCAGAGCCGUUUCCAGGAUUUACGGUGCGUGUGUGUUGCUGCUGCUGGUGGUCACCCCACGAGUGGAUUCUUCAUGGUGGUACAUAGGUGCAUUGGGUGCCCGCGUAAUCUGUGACAACAUCCCAGCAUUAGUCAACAAACAGCGGCAACUGUGCCAGCGCCACCCAGACAUCAUGCAGGCCAUCGGUGAGGGAACAAAGGAAUGGAUCAGAGAGUGCCAGCACCAGUUCAGACACCAUCGCUGGAACUGCACCACACUUGAACGCGAUCACACUGUGUUCGGGCGUGUCUUGCUGAGAAGCAGCCGUGAAGCCGCAUUUGUUUACGCCAUCUCCUCCGCUGGGGUGGUGUAUGCGCUUACUCGUGCCUGCAGCCAAGGAGAUCUUAAGAUGUGCAACUGUGAUCCGCACAAACGUGGUCGACACAAGGAUGAGAGAGGAGAAUUUGACUGGGGGGGAUGUAGUGACAAUAUAAACUAUGGGAUCAGAUUUGCCAAAGCCUUCAUAGAUGCCAAAGAGAGGACUGUCCGUGAUGCACGGGCGCUCAUGAACCUGCACAACAAUCGCUGUGGCAGAACUGCAGUGAAGCGUUUCAUGAAGCUGGAGUGCAAAUGUCAUGGUGUGAGCGGCUCGUGCACGCUGCGGACGUGCUGGAUGGCCAUGUCGGACUUCAGAAAGACCGGCGACUACCUGAGGAGGAAAUACAACGGGGCCAUCGAGGUGACGAUGAACCAAGACGGGACCGGUUUCACCGUGGCUAAUAAAGCCUUUCGGAAGGCCACAAAAAAUGACCUUGUCUACUUUGAAAACUCGCCCAAUUACUGUCUGCCAGACAAAUCAACAGGUACCAUUGGCACCGCUGGGCGGGUGUGUAACAAGACAUUGCACAGCCCAGAUGCAUGUGAGGUCAUGUGUUGUGGGCGGGGCUAUGACACCACCAGAGUCCCACAAAUCACCAAGUGCGAAUGCAAAUUCAAAUGGUGCUGUGUCGUGGAGUGCAAGGACUGUAAGGAAGACGUGGAUAUACACACAUGCAAGGCCCCCAAGCGAGCUGAAUGGUUGGAGAAGACCUGAGACCACGAACCCCCCUGCCCCGCCCUCCACCAUCCUGUGAUGGACCCCACCCCUUACCCCUUUGCAGGCCAGCCUGCAGAAAACGGCAUUGUGGCAAAAUGUGUCUAUAAAGUGCUCUGCAUCGCCGCCAUUCCCCCGUCCCCAUCUCAGUUCAUCAUUGCAUGGCUUAUGUACCUGUUUGUGUCAAAGCGGUAGAAUUCAAUGCCCAACAGUAUUAAUAAAUACCCAUUAGCCUCUGUAUGUGAAUUGUUGGGAUCAGAGGAUGAACAGUGAUAAAGUGCAAACUAGAAGCUGAGAUGGAUAUGGCUCAAAGUUUCAGUCUAUUGGAAUUUCUUUCUGGUGUGUGGUUCCGGGUUUAAAAUUGGUUGCUGCUUUCAUAAUGCUUUAAAGACAUUGUUC